UAUCUGUACACUUCACUAUCCAUCCGUCCAUAUAUCUCCUCUCUUUCUGAUCUCAUCCCAUUCCAACCUUAUAAACAUAUCCCUUCCCUUGUGCCUGUGCAUCUGUCAUAUCCAAGAUCGUUCUGUCAGUUAUCGGCAUCGGUGAAUCAGUCAUCAGGAGCUGAAGAUCGGCCCGGCCAGUCCCAUCUUAUAUCUCAAAAAUUCGACUUCGUGUGAGCUCGGGAUCGGGGACUAGAGCAUAUAUUGUGCAAUCAUCACUCUCAGCCAAUGGCAGACCGAGUCCACCCGCACGACUCGCCGUCGUACGACUCCGGCCCCCAGUCUCCCACCAAAAUUCGCCACCCUCCCGCCGACAAGCCCGUCUCCCCUCCCUCCGGCACCUACGUCAUCCAGAUCCCCAAGGACCAGAUCUACCGAGUCCCCCCGCCGGAGAACGCCACCCGCGUCAAGCAUUACUCCUCCAGCCGGAAGCCCCGCCGGAGCUGCUGCCGCCGCCGCUGCUGCUGCCUCCUUUUCCUCAUCCUCGCCGCCGUCAUCCUCGCCGGCAUCGCCGCUGCCGUCUUCUACUUCGUCGUGAAGCCCGAGGCCCCGGACUACUCCGUCACCGGGAUCUCGAUCAGCGGCCUCAACCUCACCUCCUCGUCGGCCGUCUCCCCGGCCGUCGACGUCACCGUGAGGGCGGCGAACGGGAACGACAAGAUCGGGAUCUACUACCGGGAAGGCAGCUCCGUGGACUUAUACUACUCGGACAUCAAGCUCUGCGACGGCGCCCUGCCGGCGUUUUACCAGCCGACGAACAACGUGACGGUGUUCAAGACGGCGUUAAGGGGUAGCGGCAUUGUGCUGACAAGCCAAGCGCACCAGGCGCUGGUCACGGCGCAGACCCAGGGGAAGGUGCCGUUGAAGGUGGACAUCAGGGCGCCGUUGAAGUUCAAGGUCGGCGCCGUUAAGACGUGGGAGAUCACGGUCAAGGUGACGUGCGACGUAACGGUCGACAAGCUGACGUCAACGGCGAGGAUCGAGUCCACGGACUGUGGUUACGGCGUAGACAUAUUUUCAUGAGGGACAGUAUUUCCCAUAAUUAUUCAUUAAAUUGAAUUAAACAUUUUUUUAAAAUUUUGUAGAUACAGUGAUUGGGUAGUGAUUGUGUAUACAUUGAGGACGAUUAUUGUACUUGUCCACUGAUUCUACUAGUCACCAUCCCCUUUUUUACUCC